CAACCUUUGAAGUUGUCUUGAGGUGUUAUCGUGAUCAACGUACAUUUUCAUGUAAAACGUCUGUUAAGUGCUGAAAACAUGUAUGCUGACAAAGGAGAGUCUCAAAGCUUCAAUGGAUUGUUUAUAGGAAGUGACGAAACCAGCAACUCGAAGUACACAAUAGUUCAUCAAACAAAUGACGUAAACAUGGAGAAUGUAAGCUAAUCUGAUACGUAUAUUAUAUAUUCUGGUCUAGGAAAUGGCUGAUAGUGGAGCAAAUACGUAUUAUGUAAAAAAACCAUCAGUGAAUAAUCCUGAUAAUUGUAACAACCUUGGUUCCUCAUCUUCUGUAUUUUAUCGAAAACCGUGUAAUUGUGCCAAGUCUCACUGUUUAAAACUAUACUGUGAGUGCUUCGCUCGAGGUUGUGCGUGUGAUAAUUGUAACUGCAGAAACUGUAUGAAUAACUAUCUUCAUGAGGGAGAUCGCAGAAGAGCAAUAAAACGUACUUUGGAAAGAAAUCCACUAGCAUUCCACCCAAAGAUAGGCGAUGGAGAGCGUCGACAUCCUAGUGGAUGCAACUGUAAACGAUCCGGGUGCCUAAAGAACUACUGUGAAUGUUAUGAGGCGAAAAUCAGUUGUUCUGAUCUGUGUCGGUGUCAGGGCUGUCUAAACACUGAGGAAGGAAGGAUGCAAAAAAAUUUUCAGGCAAAACCUUUUUUUACUGCAAGACAGGAAACUCCCCUUCAUAAAAAGUCAUCUUGUUUAAUGUAUGAUGAAGACCUGCUUUGCAGUAAGGAGAACUAUAUCCGGUUACCUCAUGCUAACCAGGCGUUUGGUCAAAUAAUAGGUACAUCCUUACCAAACGUUUCUUAUGAAUAUAUACCUGAUAGCUCUCUAUUCCAUACAUCAGAAGUUGUUGAGGCUAUGUGCAGACGUAUCAUAGCUGUGCUCAGUGAAGCCACACUGCAGAACGUUCCCAGUGUUCUUCAAGAAAGAAUAAUUAUCGAGGAGUUUGGGAGAUGUUUGGAGAAGAUAUUAGAGUCUAUCACUAGGCUUCGGAUUAUGGACCACUUAUCAGAUUAUUCAUCUGCUGAAAAAUAUGGGCAUGUAGAUAACCCAGAUUUCGUUACUGUGCUACCUACAUUACAAGACUCACUAUCCCUGCAAACAGCGAACCAAGAUCAAACUACAACUCAUCGAAAUCCAGACUGUUGUUACUCAUUUGAUCAAGCAUUUCAAAAAUUUUGUAGUGACAAUGAAUAUGGAAACUCUGAGCACAGCCGGUUGUGUUCAUCCACUACCAUGGAGCAGCAUGAACUUGGUAGCAUCAAACAGAAAAACAAUUCUUCUACUAUAGAGAAUAGAUAUACUAGUGAAUAUUCAGAAGAUUAUCGGUUUCCUACUACUCAGUCGGUAGAAUCACUUGAUAAGCCCUUAUUUCAUCAAGUUUUCCAGACUUUUGUAAUUUGAUAAGCUUUUCACAGCAUCAGCCGGAAUCGCCUCAAUCUUACACACAUGAUGUUCAUGAUGGUUGUGUUGAAGCAGAUUACCCGAAAACCCUUCGGCCGGAAUCUUACGUUUUGUCCACAAAUCUUCAAUUCCCAAAUGUUUCGGAUUCUGGUGCAGUAGGUAAUAGUCAGCUCCAUUCACAGGCAUUCGAGAUAAGUUCUAGAGAAUACCAUGGCAAUCACUGUGGUGGAAAUAUCAACGAAUUCAGUACAACAAAUCCUAUUGGGACCGUUUUAGGGAGCAGUUUAGAUGAAAAUGAGCAUUUGACUACCGCGUGUGGAGAAGAUGAAGAAGUCAACACAGCUAUCGCUGCUCUGCUGAAUGUUUCCCUACAAUACCAUCAAAUCCAUUUAAUUUAUCGUCUGAAGUUGAUUUCAUUGGCUUGACCGAAGAAACUGCAAGUAUUCAAUUAUAUUCAGAUGAAAUUUCUUAAAAUGGUAAUCAUAAUGAUGCUCUUAUUACUGGGAAUAAUUGUUUUUUUUGAUGGCGCUAGUUCGACAUCUAUUAUAAAUUCGAAGGAUGUUCGACAGGGUGUGCAUAGUUCUGCACGGAAGUCACAACUAGAAUUCUGUGAUUUAUAAAACCCGUAUAUGCAGUUUUCCGUUUGUGUUUUAUUUCUACUUUACUUAGCUUAUAGCUAGUCUUGAAUUCCUUAGUUGGUUUAUUCUUCUAGUGUCUUUGAAAUAAUAUGUAUAACUUAGUUUUAUUCCAAUUUAUUAGUCUUAUUCUUUGUUGGUAAACAAAGUGUUUCCAGUUUUUGUUAUCCUUCGCAUUUAUUCCAUAUGGCAAUUUUGAUGUUAAU